CCUGAGCGGAGAACUUCCUGUGUAAGCCUUCGGUGGAGCUGCUUGGAGAAGGUGGAGCUGUCCCGGUAAAUAGAACCGCCCUGCCGUGAACCAAAAGAUCGAGCUAGGUUACUACAGCCACAGAUGGGUGCGAGAGAGCAGCAGAGCGCCGUGCUGUGAGAGAGUUGGCACGGAGAGCUUCGCCGAUCGAUAUCGUUAUAGCGCUGUAGUAAAAUGUCUGUAGACAUGAACAGUCAAGGAUCAGAUAGCAAUGAGGACUAUGACCCAAAUUGUGAAGAUGAGGAUGAAGAGGACGACGACGAAGACCCCGGAGACAUUGAGGAUUAUUAUGUUGGGGUUGCAAAUGAUGUUGAGCAACAAGGGGCGGACUCGUUUGAUCCAGAGGAAUAUCUUUUUACGUGUCUCACUUACCGGGAAUCGGAGAGUGCUCUGAAUGAGCAAAUGGCAAGCAUGGCUUCAACGCUAAAGGUUUCUCACUCUGUGGCUAAACUCAUAUUAGUUCACUUUCAUUGGCAAGUCACAGAAAUAUUAGAAAGACAUAAACUGAAUUCUUCGCAAUUACUCGUUGAAGCCAGAGUUCAGCCUUCACCAUUAAAACAUGCCGCGGCGCAUUCCUCCCAUCACUGUGCGGUUUGUAUGCAGUUUGUCCGGAAAGAGAACCUGCUAUCUCUCCCCUGUCAGCAUCUGUUCUGCCGCAGCUGUUGGGAGCAGCACUGCACCGUUCUAGUGAAAGACGGGGCCGGCGUCGGGAUCUCCUGCAUGGCCCAGGAAUGCUUACUGCGGAUUCCAGAGGAUUUUGUGUUUCCUUUACUAGCCAACGAGGAGCUAAAAGAGAAAUACAAGCGCUAUCUCUUCAGGGAUUACGUAGAGAGUCACUAUCAGUUGCAGCUGUGUCCCGGCGCAGACUGUCCGAUGGUCAUACAAGUCCAGGAGCCGAAAGCCCGGCGUGUGCAGUGCAACCGAUGCAGCGAGGUUUUCUGCUUCCGGUGCCGUCAGAUGUACCACGCUCCUACAGACUGCGCCACCAUUCGGAAAUGGCUAACAAAAUGCGCAGACGACUCGGAGACUGCAAACUACAUCAGUGCUCACACUAAAGACUGUCCCAAGUGCAAUAUUUGCAUUGAAAAAAACGGAGGAUGCAAUCACAUGCAAUGCUCGAAAUGCAAGCACGAUUUCUGCUGGAUGUGUCUCGGCGACUGGAAGACCCACGGCAGCGAGUAUUACGAAUGCAGCAGAUACAAGGAGAACCCGGAUAUUGUCAACCAGAGUCAGCAGGCGCAGGCACGAGAGGCACUCAAGAAAUACCUCUUCUACUUUGAGAGGUGGGAGAACCAUAACAAGAGCCUGCAGCUGGAGGCGCAGACCUACCAGCAGAUCCAGGAGAAGAUCCAGGAGAGAGUGAUGAACAACCUCGGGACUUGGAUCGACUGGCAGUACCUGCAGAAUGCUGCCAAGCUGCUUGCGAAGUGUAGAUACACGCUGCAAUACACAUAUCCCUACGCUUACUACAUGGAGUCGGGCCCUCGGAAGAAGCUAUUUGAGUAUCAGCAGGCCCAGCUGGAGGCUGAGAUUGAGAACCUUUCUUGGAAGGUUGAGAGGGCAGACAGCUAUGACAGAGGGGAUCUGGAGAAUCAGAUGCAUAUAGCAGAGCAGCGCCGGAGGACGUUGCUAAAGGACUUUCACGACACAUAAGAUGAUAAGCUGCGGAGGCUUUCCCCUUUUUCCCUCCGGGAUGUGAGAGCAUGUUCAUGCGUGAAAAUGAAUUGAUGCUGCAAGAAACACAGUAGUUCUGGGAAUGUGAAGAAAAUCCGUUCCCGCGCCCCGGCUCGCUUGUACGAAAUGUGGUUCCAUUUUUUUUUUCUUUUGCCUUCCGUCUUCUGUUUUUUCACUGCAGCCACUUUCCUUUUUUUGACAGAUUAACUGCCAUAAACAGCCUCUGGGAUGAAAUGUACCCCCCCCAUGGUUUCUGUUCUUACGUUAACCCUUCCACUGCCCUUUAGGCCUGCGGCACAUUGCAAAAGCAAUGCUUCACCCCCCACCCUCAUAACAUUAAAAAAGGUUUGACUUUUUUCCACCUCUGUUUUUUUUUUGUGUUCCGGAUGGCAACUCUUGGAAAAGUAGUUCAAUUUUUUGAAUGGCUGUUAAUAGAAUUAGAGAUUAUUAUGCAAACUUGUCAUUUUGAACUGUUGUACAAUUAUACAGAAAAAAAAAUAAUAGAAUUACAGAAAAAAAACAAAACACUUUUUAAAAACA